AAAAAAAAAAAAAAAAAAAAAAGCUGAGAAGAACACACAAAAAAAUGAGACAGUUUUUGAGUUUGGUGCUCCUCUGUUUUGUUUUAUGUCCCCGGAGGACAAUUUCGAACCCUCAAUGCCUGGAGAACCCGCCGAAUCUGGAUCCGAAUUCCGGGUCGGGUCACGUGACCAAGAUUGGUGGUCUGAAAGCUUAUGUCUCCGGUUCUUCCCAUUCUAAGCGCGGCAUCAUCCUCGUUUCUGAUGUUUAUGGAUAUGAAGCUCCAAACCUCAGGAAAAUCGCCGACAAGGUUGCUGCUGCUGGAUUCUACGCGGUGGUUCCUGACUACUUCUUCGGAGAUCCGUACAAGAUCGAGUACAAGGAAAAACGUCCUGUUCCUGUCUGGAUCAAAGACCAUCCACCAGCAAAGGGGUUUAACGACUCAAAGCCAGUAAUCGAAGCCUUGAAGAGAAAAGGCAUUACCACAAUUGGAGCAACAGGGAUAUGUUGGGGCGCGAAAGUUGUGGUGGAACUGGCAAAAACCGAUCUUAUUCAAGCGGCAGUGUUUUUCCAUCCUUCUUACGUCACGGUUGAUGAUAUCAAGGAGGUGAAGGCUCCACUGGCCAUAUUCGGAGCUGAGUUCGACGGCGGCUCUCCGCCCGCCCUCCUGAAGCAAUUCGAACAAAUUCUUGCAGCCAAGUCCGAUGUGAAGAGCUGCGUGAAGAUAUUCCCGAACGUGAAGCACGGAUGGACCGUAAGGUACAACGUGACGGAUCCGGUAGCGGUGAAAGCGGCGGAAGAAGCUCACAACGAUAUGCUGCAAUGGUUUGCCACCCUGCUCCAAUGAGAAAUGGCUCCAAACCAUAAUAUACAAAAUCAACUGUCAUUUACCAUAUUAUGAAUAAAUAUGAAUGAUUUUUCUGAAUAUAUGAGACUUUUUUUUGUAAUACUUUCUGAUGAUUAUAUGUUCAAAAUCUGCAUUUUUCGAUU